AUGGAGCUGAUUGGUCUACCAGACUGGUUGCUGCUAGCGGCAACCGCUGUCGUACUGCUGUAUAUGUAUGCUACGAGGUACCGAAACUACUGGAAGAAGCAGAAUAUUCCUCAGGAAGACUUCUCUUUGAUUUUUUGCCCGGCGUUGAGAAUUUUCUAUGAGCCUUUUUACGUGGUCGAUGAUGAGCGUUACCAGAAGUUGGGCAGAGUUUUUGGGAUCUACGAGGGAGGGAAACCGACCCUGCUCGUCGGUGAACCAGAACUCGUGAAGCAGGUGCUCGUGAAAGACUUUCCCUUGCUUGGCAAUAGACGGACAGUGAGGAAUUUCGAGCCGCUUAUGGACAACAUGAUGCUUGUCGCUCCCGUGGAAAAAUGGAGAAAGAUAAGAGCAUCAGCAAGUCCUGCAUUCAGCGCUGGAAGACUUCGCAGGAUGUAUGAACUUGUCCAAGCGUGCACCGAAAUAACGUCGGAUCACCUCGAGAACGCCGCUCGGCAGAAUAAAGAAGUUGACCUCAAACAGCUUUACGGCAAGUUCGCUCUGGAUGUCGUUGCAAGAUGCGCUUUCGGCACUACGCUAGACUCUCACACCGACUCGGGCAAAAAGGUCGCGACAGAAGCAAGGAAAGCAUUAUCCAGUGGAGUUACCCUUUCUCUGCUGAUGCAUUUUUUGUUCCCGGGCCUUACGAACGUCCUGAGAUUGAAGGCGCUCGACUCGGAGUCUUUUCACUACCUCGAGAAUGUUUGCGUGACCAUAAUUCAAAAGAGGAAAGAAAAGCGAUGCCGCCAGGAAGACUUCCUGCAACUCAUGAUGGACGCUCAGGAGCGAGCCCUUGACGAAAGUGCCGAAUCUACCCCCGGUAAGGAGUCCUCUGAAAUUUUCAAUCAUAAAUUCGAUAUCAGGAACGACGUCAGUUUCAGUACUAAACUGUUGUCAGAAGACGAAGCGUUGGCUCAAUGCGUGCUGUUCUUCCUCGCCGGUUACGACACGACAGCUUCUGUCAUCGCGUGUGCCGGCUACUCGUUGGCACUGAACCCCGAAGUGCAGGCCAAGCUUCGUAAGGAAGUCGACGAAUGCAUUGCUACGCACGGAAAGGAGCCAAGCCUCGAUACUGUUUCCAAGUUGCCAUAUUUGCAUUGCGUUGUGUCUGAGACUAUGAGAAUGUAUCCAAUAUCUGCGCUCCUCGAGAGGACGACUAGCGAAGACUACGUUCUCGGUGACACGGGCAUCCGGGUUCCCAAGGGAUGUGUGAUAGGAAUACCGGUGUAUUCCAUGCAUCGCGACCCCGAGUUCUUCCCGAAUCCAGAGAAGUUUGACCCAGACAGGUUCAGUGAAAAAAACGUCGCUUCCAUACGUCCGUACUCUUACCUGCCUUUCGGAGCCGGGCCCCGAAACUGCAUAGGAAUGCGCUUCGCCUGGCAGGUUGUCAAGCUGUCUCUCCUGCAUUCUGUACACAGAGUGCAGUUCGUGCGCACGGAGAAAACAGAGGUACCGCUCGACUUCGUCACCAGCACCAACCUUCACUUUCCUAAGAGCGUCACCGUGGGUAUCAGGGAGAGGCCGGAGCUUUGAUACUAGACGAAUACGUUGGACGCGGAAUUUUCAUUGCGUUAUAAAGUA